AUGGCGUCAUCCGAGAAAGAAAAGCAUUAUCCAAACAGUCGAGCCCGCCGACAUUCCGGCGAGGUGAUGAUCAUCAACCACAAGAAGAAGAGAAGCAAGAAAGAUAAGGAUACCGACACAGAAUCAGUGUCCUCCUCGACGAACUCGGGAGAUACUGUUGCACCAGAGCCGAAAAAAUGCCCGCUCCGAUUCAUGCUUGCCGGCUUGUUCGAGAUUGAGGACGAUGCUGACGGCAAAAAACCAAAAGGCUGUCCUCUUCGCCGAGUCCAGCUAUGGCAUACCAUACCGCUAUGCCUGCUCGCUGUCAUCAACCUCCUGCUCGUUAUCAUAGCCUUGUUAGGACUCGCUGGUUAUCGAAUCGCUGUUGGCAUUCAGAAUGCCAUGGUCAGUCUUGCUAAGCCCGAGAGUCCCUACGAAGAAAGUGUUAUCGGCUCCGACGAUGGAACCUUGGUCGAAAGCAAGACUUGA